CCGGGCUGUGGCGGGGAAGGCUGUCCGCCGUGGCUGACCCGCUCUCCCUCCGCCCUGUCGCAGGUAUGGCCUCACAGCUGCAGGUGUUCUCCCCGCCGUCAGUGUCGUCGAGCGCCUUCUGCAGUGCCAAGAAGCUGAAGGUGGAGCCCUCCGGCUGGGAUGUUUCGGGGCAGAGCACCAGCGACAAGUAUUAUACCCACGGCAAAAACCUCCCGGCAGCCCCGGGGCAAGCCGGCUCCUCUCACCAGGUAGCCAACUUCAGCCUUCCCGCUUACGACCAGACCCUGCUUCUCCCGGCUCCUUCGGUUGAGCACAUCGUGGUGACGGCCGCGGACAGCACAGGCAGUGGCGCAACAACGUCCUUCCAGAGUGGCCAGACCCUGGCGCACCGGAGCAACGUUUCUCUGCUGGAACCGUACCAAAAAUGUGGGUUAAAAAGGAAAAGUGAAGAGGUUGACAGCAACGGCAGUGUGCAGAUCAUCGAGGAACAUCCACCUCUCAUGCUGCAAAACAGACCUGCGGUGGGUGCUGCGGCCACGACCACCACUGUAACCACCAAGAGCAGCAGUUCCAGUGGUGAGGGGGAUUACCAGCUGGUCCAGCACGAGAUCCUUUGCUCCAUGACAAAUAGCUACGAGGUCUUGGAGUUCCUGGGCCGGGGGACGUUUGGGCAGGUGGCAAAAUGCUGGAAGCGUAGCACGAAGGAGAUAGUAGCCAUCAAAAUCCUGAAGAACCACCCUUCCUACGCCCGGCAGGGCCAAAUAGAAGUAAGCAUCCUCUCCCGCUUGAGCAGUGAGAAUGCUGACGAGUACAACUUUGUUCGCUCUUAUGAGUGCUUUCAACACAAGAACCACACAUGCCUUGUGUUUGAGAUGCUAGAACAGAACUUAUAUGACUUCUUAAAACAAAACAAGUUUAGUCCUUUGCCCCUGAAAUACAUUCGGCCGAUUCUGCAGCAGGUGGCCACUGCUUUGAUGAAGCUCAAGAGCCUAGGUCUGAUACAUGCUGACUUGAAACCAGAAAACAUCAUGCUGGUGGAUCCUGUGCGCCAGCCUUACAGAGUGAAGGUCAUUGACUUUGGCUCAGCCAGCCACGUAUCCAAAGCCGUGUGCUCCACUUAUUUGCAGUCACGCUAUUAUAGAGCCCCUGAAAUCAUCUUGGGGUUGCCGUUUUGUGAAGCUAUUGACAUGUGGUCGCUGGGCUGCGUGAUAGCUGAGCUGUUCUUGGGUUGGCCUCUCUACCCAGGAGCUUCAGAGUAUGACCAGAUUCGCUAUAUUUCGCAAACUCAGGGCCUACCAGCAGAGUAUCUUCUGAGUGCGGGAACGAAAACGAGCAGGUUUUUUAACAGAGAUCCGAACUUGGGAUACCCACUGUGGAGACUAAAGACUCCAGAGGAACAUGAGUUGGAGACGGGAAUAAAAUCAAAAGAAGCUCGGAAAUACAUAUUCAACUGUUUGGAUGACAUGGCGCAGGUGAAUAUGUCUACAGACUUGGAAGGGACAGACAUGUUGGCAGAGAAGGCUGACCGAAGGGAGUACAUUGAUUUGUUAAAGAAAAUGUUGACAAUUGAUGCAGACAAGAGGAUCACUCCGCUGAAGACUUUAAACCAUGCAUUUGUUACAAUGGCCCAUCUACUGGAUUUCCCACAUAGCAACCAUGUGAAAUCUUGCUUUCAGAACAUGGAGAUCUGCAAAAGGAGAGUAAAUAUGUAUGAUACAGUGAAUCAAAUAAAGAGCCCGUUCACAACACAUGUGGCUCCUAAUACAAGCACAAACCUUACAAUGAGCUUCAACAACCAGCUCAAUACAGUGCACAAUCAGGCCAGUGUACUGGCUUCCAGUUCUACCGCUGCUGCUACUCUUUCCCUGGCAAACUCGGACGUCUCGCUGCUAAACUACCAGUCUGCUCUGUACCCAUCGUCUGCAGCUCCUGUUGCAGCAGUGACACAACAGAGUGUUUCCUUACAGCCUGGAACCACACAGAUCUGCACGCAAACUGAUCCAUUCCAGCAGACAUUCAUUGUUUGUCCCCCUGCUUUUCAGACUGGACUCCAGGCGACCACAAAGCAUUCUGGGUUCCCAGUAAGGAUGGAGAAUGCCGUUCCCAUUGUACCACAGGCACCUGCAGCGCAGCCAUUGCAGAUCCAGUCAGGAGUCCUCACGCAGGGAAGCUGUACACCACUAAUGGUAGCAACUCUUCAUCCUCAAGUAGCCACCAUCACGCCGCAGUAUGCGGUCCCCUUUACUCUGAACUGCGCAGCCGGCCGGCCAGCGCUAGUAGAACAGACGGCUGCAGUACUGCAGGCCUGGCCUGGAGGCACCCAGCAGAUCCUGCUCCCUUCCACCUGGCAGCAGCUUCCAGGAGUUGCUCUGCACAACUCCGUACAGCCCACCGCUGUGAUCCCAGAAACAAUCGGAAGCAACCAGCAGCUGGCAGACUGGAGGAAUGCACAUUCCCAUGGAAACCAGUACAGCACCAUCAUGCAGCAGCCCUCCUUGCUGACCAACCACGUCACCCUCGCCACGACCCAGCCUCUGAAUGUCGGAGUCGCUCACGUUGUCAGGCCGCAGCAGAGCAGCAACGUGCCAGUAAAGAAGAACAAGCAGCCAGCCCAGAGCACAGCAAAGCCCAGUGUGACCCUGGAGGCGAUGCCAUCCCAGGUGUACUCGCUGAUUGGGAGCAGCCCCCUUCGCACUGCCUCUUCCUCCUCCAACACGCUCGUUUCUGUGCCGGAGCAGCACCAACCUAUCGUGAUCCCCGACACUCCCAGCCCACCUGUCAGUGUCAUCACCAUCCGCAGUGACACCGAUGAGGAAGAGGACAGCAAGUACAAGCCUGCCAGCUUGGGCAUGAAGCAGCGCUCCAACGUCAUCAGCUAUGUCACUGUUAAUGACUCCCCGGAUUCAGACUCCUCCCUGAACAGCCCGUAUACUGCAGACCCGCUCUCCACGCUCCGGGGUGCGGGAAACGCACUGGAGCUGCCCAGCAGGGGAGCAGCUGACAGCUCCAGCUCUCGCACCAUCAUCAUGCCUCCUCUGAAGACACAGCUGAAUGACUGCAUUGUGGCCACCCAGGCCUCAGGCAUCCUCAGCAGCACCAGUAAGAGCAAGCCAGUGGCAUCGGUGAGUGGGCAGGCGUCUGGGUGCUGCAUAACGCCGACGGGGUACCGACCACACCGCGUGCUGAACAGCGGCGUGCAGCCACUCAACCUCAGCCAGAACCAGCAGACAACAGUGUUGGCCUCACAAGAGAGAAGCGGGAACCCGGCCCCACGCAGACAGCAAGCCUAUGUUGCCCCGCUCCCGUCGACAAUUUCUCAGGCUCCCUACGCCUUCCAGCACAGCAGCCCAGUGCACCCCCACCUGGCGGCAGCGACAGCCAGCACACACCUUCCCAGCCAGCCGCAUAUGUACACCUACGCGCCCACCACCGCUGCCACGCUGGGCUCUACCAACUCCAUCGCUCAUCUCUUCUCCCCUCAGGGCUCCUCACGGCACACGACCUAUGCUGCCCACCCUAGCACUCUCGUCCACCAGGUCCCGGUGAGUGUCGGCCCUAGCCUGCUGACAUCUGCAAAUGUCCCGCCUGCCCAGUACCAACACCAGUUUGCUACCCAGUCCUAUAUUGGUGCUUCCCGCGGAUCUGCUAUUUACACUGGAUACCCGCUGAGCCCCACAAAGAUCAGCCAGUACUCGUACCUGUAACCCCUGCGUUCCCUUUGGUUUGUGGGGCUCAGGUUACUGUUGCUAGCCCCUUUUGGGUACAGCUGUCCUUGGCAAUAGGCCUGCCUGGCUGAAGGAGGAUUUCAGGUGACGUUUCUCUGGUGUUGACUGUGCUAUUGUGGUCACCCCAUGCCUGGUCGUGCUUGAAAGGGUCCCUGACUGGGGGUUUGGUCACUGACCGGGCAGCACCCUUUGUUACCAGUUAAAGGGGCACUGGCUAAGAUUUUAAGCUUUCACUUUUUAUAGAUGCUUUUAAAAGGUCCCAGUCCCACCUAUUUAAAGCUAUUCUGUUGUUUUGGUAAUCAGAGGGGAAGUGGAAAUCAAUGUCUUUAUAGGCAAAUGCUGAUUUUUUUUAACUCAUAAUUUAUACAAAGACUAGCAGAUUAUAUUUUAGCAGCUUGCACAAAUCCAUAUUGCCACUAAAAAUGUAAUGCACAUUUAUGUCAGUAUGUUGCUAGAGCAGAGUUUAAAAUUGAGUUGAAUAUUUUGCAGUUUGUUCUGUAGUUCACUUGCUUACUAGCAGAUCGCCAUUCCUGCAAAGCCCUUACAUCUUCUUGUUUGGCCCUACCUGGAGUUUCCAUUUAUUUUCUGCUCGGUAUAAGGGUACGGUAGAGGCAGCUACCUUAUACUAGCACCGUAAUAUUCAGCAAUCAGUUUGACCCAUGACAUCUCUGCUUUGUUUUCCUGGAAAGGCUGUGUUUCGCUAGUGCAGCUGAGUCUUGAUCACUGCCGAAGCCAUUCAGCUACGUUUUUCAGUUACAUGCAAGAGCCCAUGUGCCUUGCCAGAAUGCGUCUUCUUCUGGUGAGAACGAGUUGCUGUGCUGUGCUGCUCUGCUCUCCCAAGUUGGAUUUCUCUGGUGCACCAGGCACUGCCCUAGCAUGGAGCCAGGUUCCUUUCCCAGAAGCACAGGGCUUUUCUCUGUUCUAGUUUUCUUUAUCUUUUUCCUCGUAUGAUUCAUUUAGGAGGGAGUUGAACAAUUUGAAAUACGAUGAAACAUCAGUGUAUCAAUGUGUACAGCUUUUUAUACUCCUGUGAGCAUAUCAUCUUGGGUAUGCCGACAGCUAACUUCAAAGCGCUCUUAUUAAGACUUGUAUACAGUAAGUGCAUGUAGGAAUUGCAAAAAAAAUCCAGAUUUUAAAGUUUAUUACUGAAUUUCAAACUAUUUUAGAAGUUUUGUAUUGGUGGUGUUUUAAUAUUUUACAUGAAAGGAAAUAUGUACAUAUUGAUUAGAAAAAAAUAUAACAAGCAAAACUUCCUGCUAACCCCAAAUGUUCUGUCUUUGUAAUCAAAAUGUGUAGUGAUUAUACUUGAACUCUGUACUUAGUGUUUGUCUAAUUCUUUAAACGUUCCUGGGGAUGAAAUUGAUGUAUCCUUUGUAUUUAAACCAAAAUGAAUUGAUACAUGUUGGAAUGUAUGUGAAAUAAUGCAAUCGUUAGAGCUCAUCACUGUAGCACUGAGAGAGAGAAGUGGAGCCUCAUGAGAGACAAGGAUACCUUCUGAUUUGUUUUGCACAGGUAUGUGUGAUGAAGAGUUGUUUGGUGUGUCCCCUUAUUGUAGUGCCUUAAAUGAUGAUGUAGUGUGAAUAGAGUUUACAGUGAGCUUGCCUUACGAGGGACCAGCAAGCCCCCGUCGAAUUGAAGCAAUUCACUAAGCUUAUCACAGCAAGAAUAGCAGUCUGUUGCAUAGAUGCAGUGUUCUCCGUUUAACGCUAACAUAAACAGCGACAUUUUUGUUGAGAGUGAAGCGCCGGUUCCUUAAAGCUUUUCCUUGAAAUGGCACAUAUACUGUUAGCCGUCUGUCGAUGCGUUCGCAUAGGGUAGUGGCAGGACCGCCUUGGAAUAUUUAGUCUGAUGUUGCGGAAGUGAUGAAGGGUGUGCAGUCACUUUUUAUUAGAUUCAGUGCGGCAUUACCUUCCCCCGUGUGACUAGCAGACAUUCCUCGUAAAAUAUUGCUAGCUCGGUGAUAGGAUGUUUAUACCAAAGAGAGCCUGCUGUAAAGCACAUCGCAUAACAAUACCAUUGCAGACUUUUAUAAUGCUACUGCUGUUGGGAAGGUGUAUCAGCCAUCGCACUGGUGUGUGAGGAAGUCCUCGGUUGAGGUAACCGGUGUGGUUUUUAAAUGACACUUUGUUUCCUUGACUCCCUCAAACUAGGGUUUAUUUCUUGACCUUCAGUAUCUUGUCUCAGUGGCUAGUAAACUGGCUUAAGCCAGUGGUCUUACUGCAGCAAUAAGAGGUUUUGGCGACCUUGAAACCCAGUUUAUGUUCCGUCUGUAUGGAAAACAAGCUAGGUCUCCCACCGGUUUGUGACAAGGUGUUGUCCAGAGGUGCAGUUUUCAGGUCUGAAAAUCCAUGUUGUUGGGAUAGGAAGAUCUAGGCUGGCCUGGUGCAGAGCGGCUGUAGAAGGCUUGGCAUUUUCUGCAGGAAGAGGAGUAAGCGCUCUGGCACGACAGCAGCGGUUAGAGACCUCACGGACCCGGAGUCCUUGUUUAGCGUCGUUGUAGUCACCGCGCUCCUGUAGAUGUGAGUGAGGAUAAGCGAGCGACCUGUGUGUUUCACAUUGUUGGCGUUAACGAUGCUUUGUUGCUGUAACAUGAUCAGCACAUGUUUUACUUGGUGCCAAGCACUUCCUUGUGUUUCCGUGCGACAUGGCUUAUGUGGAGUACUUUCCCUAGAGAUACCUCUUGGAUACAGAGUUGUGCCUUUCCAUCCAAAGGCAGACUGAAUCCAGCACCUGGCUGUGAUGAAAACCUUUUACCCAGUGUCACAGACACAGCUGCUAAGGCAGCUUAGU